AUGUUUCUUAUUGACUUUGUUUUUUUUGGAAUAAAUAGAGGUGAUCUUAGAAUUCGACGAUUUCGUUUAAAACAUCAUUUUAAAUCAGAAUUAACGUUUGGAUGUGAAAAUCCAUUCAGCAUGAUUGAACAACCUUUCCAAUAUAUAGCUGCUCUGGAUUUUGAAGCGACAUGUGAGGAAAACGGAGGCAAAAAUUAUCAAAAUGAAAUCAUUGAAUUUCCUAUUGUAUUAAUUGAUGUCAAACAACAAGCUAUUACAGAUAAAUUUCACUCAUAUUGUCGACCAGCAAUUAAACCAAUUUUAUCGAAAUUUUGUACCCAAUUGACGGGCAUCAGACAACAUCAAGUAGAUAAUGCUCCGCCAUUCGUCGAAGUUCUUCAUAAUGUUGAAACAUGGUUAUAUGAACGAAAUCUUCUUUCAUCAAUGAAUGAACACAAAUUAGCAUUUGCCACUGAUGGUCCAUGGGAUUUUGCAAACUUUCUUCAAAUGCAGUGUCGUUUGAGUUCAAUACCUUAUCCCCCAUGGGCUGAAAGAUGGAUUGAUAUUCGAAAAGAAUUCUCUGAAUUUUAUCCUGUAAAACGAGCUGGUAUAAACAAGAUGUUGAAUAAACUUGGUCUUGAUUUCGAUGGUCGUCCUCAUUCUGGCAUAGACGAUUCAAUUAAUAUUGCACGAAUAACUCUCGAAUUAUUGAAGGAUGGUUGUGUUUUGUCAUUUAACGAUGGUAUACGUGGAUCUGGUUCAAAACAUGCAGCAGAAACUGAUGAAAAGGCAGAAGUCAAUCAGAAAGAUGAAGAAAACGAUCUUGUUGUUUUUGAAGACUAA